UUAAACUUUAAAGGGCCAAACUGGACAGCUGGGUGUGUCCAUGCUGUGUGGGAGUGUGUAUGUGUGCAGUAUAUGCAUCCACUCACUGGUCACACACAACGAGGACUAAGGGACCUGAGGACAUCCACUCUCCUGUGUCUCAUUUUCACUCAUUUUCGUGCUUCGUUAGAUCGCUGCGACUGACUCAGACCGACGCCUGCGGGAUACUUCCUCAUCAAGCCGUCAACGUCUCUGUUGGGAGUUGCGUCUGAGCUGCUGUCCCUCCACCAUGGGUGCCUUUAUUGCCAAGAUGCUGCUUCCUACGGUCAGCAGCGUGGUGUUCCUGCCUGCGGCCAGCGUGGCGGCCAAGAGGGGCUUCCACAUGGAGGCCAUGGUCUACUUCUUCACCAUGUUCUUCAGUGCGAUCUACCACGCCUGUGAUGGACCGGGCCUCUCCAUCCUGUGUUUCAUGAGGUACGACAUCCUGGAGUACUUCAGUGUUUACGGCACGGCUCUGUCCAUGUGGGUCACACUCAUCGCUCUGGGCGACUUCGAUGAGCCGCAGCGCUCCAGUAUAACCAUGUUCGGGGUGUUGACCAUCGCCGUGAGGAUCUACCAGGAUCGCUGGGGCUACGGGAUCUACUCCGGUCCCAUCGGAUCAGCUGUCUUCAUCAUCACCGUCAAAUGGCUGCAGAAGAUGAAGCAGCUGAGGGCGGUGUAUCCAGAGAAGGCGGUGUACACGCAGCAGGUCGGUCCGGGCUGCUGCUUCGGCGCUCUCGCUCUGAUGCUGCGUUUCUACUUUGAGGAGUGGGACUACGCCUACGUCCACAGCUUCUACCACCUGUCUCUGGCCGUGUCCUUCGUCCUGCUGCUGCCGAAGAAGAACCGCUACGCAGGGACGGACACGAACGCGGCGAAGCUCAGCUGCUUCGCUCUCUGCUGCUGCAGCAUGUCCCCUGGUUCCUCUAAAGCCAAGACAGACAAGCCAAAGAAGAAGUCUCGGACCGUGUGGACAGUCCCCACCGAGAAGCCGUGGACUCGAGGCUGCAGCACCCCCACCCUGCCUCUUUACAACCCCCCACCCUCCACACCCGUCAAAGGCACCAGCAUCAGCAAGCUCAAAGAGAUGAACGGCUGGAAGUGAACCCCCAAAAAGUCACCACGGUCAGUCUGCUGAAGCGGGAGGACUUCAUCCUGGAGAACAGGCACAGAUAGUGGUUGGCUGUGAGCGGGAAAUGGGAAAAUCACCAAACAACUGUCAGCCGAACGCUGAUAAACUCGUAUGUGGCUGGUAAGUUAAUCUACUUCAGCAGGAAACCAACCAUCAUGUGGACGUUCCUUUUCUACUCCAAAACAUCAUUUUUGGCUGGUAGAAUAUUUAAGGUCAGCAGCGACUUUAGGAAUCCGCCGGCCGCCGCAGCCAGCAGGUGAAGAGACUCGAGAACCCUGAUGUGGUUCUUAAAAACUGUGAGGGGGCGAGAGCAGAAGGCGAGUCGGGCCUCGGGUGCCCUCAAAGACCCGAUAAGAACACAGCUGUCUGAGGCCGAGGACAGGCAGCGUGCUCCGAGAGCAGAACACACACAGCACGGACAGGGAGACGGUGGCUGAGACAAGCCAGUAAAACUGACUGGAAAAUUUAUGAGAAGAACAAACAGGCAGAUGGUUUAUCUCUCCAAAAUAUAUAAAUUGUCUUUAGAAAUGUUCCUCAGGGGAGACCCUUCGUCUGCUUGUCUCUGUCUGUCCCCCCCCUCCUCUUUCUCUUUCCCGUCUCUCUCAGGGAAAGGAACCACGCGGCUGAAUUCGCUUAUGAGAAUUACAAGACUGUAAAGCACAUUUUUACCGUCUUUAAUACGAGCUUGAGGGGCCAAAUGUGUCAUGUGGAGCAUCAGACGCUGGAGCGGCGGCCCAGACGUCGGUCUGUAACCCGACUGAAGCAUCUCGAUGUGUUUCUGGAUCAACAGGUGGACUCCUCUGUCUGUUAACUCUGGUUCACUGACCCGGCAGCUUUGGCAGGAUUUCAGUCCCUGAAGUGCUUUGUUCAGACUGUGUAAUGUUUCUUUUGUUAAUAUAUUGUUAUUUAUUGCAGCAGAGAUUAUUGUAUAUUCUCAGUGUGUGUUUGUUUUUAAUCAUUUUGUAAUGUUUCACAAAUAAAAUGAA